AUGGCUCAUUCGCGUCCAUUAAGGAUGGCUAUACCUCGUGGAGAGCAGCUUUCCCCGUCGAUGCCCAACAGGGCGCGAGCCACGUCGAUCAACCAUCUGCCCGACGAGCUUCUUUCCAGAAUUUUCUCGCUCGCCACGACUGCCACCACUUCCGCAAAAUCGACACCAGAACUUGACGCCGCGAAUGAAGCCGGCAAGACUGGCGAGCCCAACAUCACGGAUGGCCCCGAUUUUAGCAACCUCGCUGUCGUGUGCAAGCGAUGGAUGCUCCUGAUGACGGUCCUUCGCGUCCGCGGCGGUUUCAAGUCAAACCAUUCCGAACUGCGCGGUCCCGAGCUGCGCGCCAUGACGCUUUCCGCUCCCGCGAUCUCCGCGCCAGCACUCCUCCGCGCGCUGGCGCUCGCGCCGAGAGUCACGGCGCUUUCUCUGGAGGCGAACGCCGUCGAUUUCUACGACGACGAGUUCCUGUCUCGCCUGCUCUCCGCGCGCCCUCACCUCGCCCGCCUCAGCAUCGCCCCUCCCCGCUUCACCGGAGCGCCCCACUUUCGAAUCGGCACGAAAGCUCUCGAGAAUUUCUUCCGCGUCGCGUCGUCGCGCCUGCAAGAGCUCUCGCUGCGCGAAUGCUUCGGCAGCACGACGAAGCUUCCUGCUUCCGUCGCAUCCCUCUCGUUGCUGCGCGUGUUCCGCCUCUGCUCCAAGGUUCUCCGCUCUCUGCCCGACGAGAUCUGCAAGCUUUCUGCCCUGCAGGAACUUCACCUAAACUGCCCGUUGCUGCAGCAGCUGCCCGAAACUUUCGGCCGGCUAAAGAGCCUGGAGCAUCUCUCAUUUACGGACUGCAAGGAAAUGCGGCGUCUGCCGGAUUCUCUCGGCGAUCUCUCCUCGCUCACCUCUCUCCACGUCGACGGCUCGUGGCAGGUCGAUCGCUUCCCGCCUCGCGUCGGCGCGCUGCAGCAGAUGCGGCGGCUGGAGCUGCGAAACUUCACCGGCACGUUACCAGACGCAUGCGAGAAAUGGGCGAAUCUCGAACACGUAACUCUGGAUUCGUGCGCCGACAUGGGCGCUUUUCAGCUCGCGUCCGUAGCCUCCCUCACGCAUCUCACCAUCAGUGCCUGCUGGGAUCUCAGGUCGCUCCCACCCAACCUGCCCUUCGCGUCGGCACUGCGCCAUCUAACUAUCGGCAUUAGUGUCUUUCCCGGCGUAUCCCUCGAGUCGCUAAGCAAUCUCGUAUCUUUGGAGCGGCUGGAAGUGGCAAACGUCGACCCGACGGAGCCCUUUCCCGAGGCGCUCUUCGCUCUGCCGUCGCUGGCGUACGUGAAAGCGGGGUACGUGUCGUGGGUGGAAGCCGACCACGUGGCGGCCUGGGAGGAGGCGAGGGAGAUCGUUGCGUUCAUCGCGUACCCAGCACCAUAUCAUCCCACUGCCGCCGCCGCCGCCGCAGCAGCAGCAGCAGCAGCAGCAGCAGCAGGUGGUGGAGUGACGGGCUCCUUUUCGCCACUGGGCCCGUCUCUGAAGCAUCUGAGCAUGUGCUUCGGUGACCUGUCGUACUUCCCGAGAGGCGGCAGGCUCUCCGCGCGUCUGUGCUCGCUGCUCUCCCUCACGCACCUCUCCAUCGACUGCCUCUCCUCCUCCGCGCCCCUCCCCUCCGAUCUAGGUCAUCUCACCAACCUGCGCUCGCUCUCCCUCCAUGGCUCCUGGCUCUGCCUCCCGAACUCCCUCUCCCGCCUUGCCCCGUGCCUGCAAUCCCUGAAACUGCACUACAGCGGCGACAACUACGCGGAUACUCACCGCCGGGAUCUGCCGUCCUGUCUCGCGCGUCUCACCUCCCUCACGCACCUCCACCUCUGCAACAUGCAUGUUCCCUCCCCCGCGCCUGCCUUUGCGCGCCUGCGCGCCCUCCGCACGCUGCGCAUAGAAUACGACAGCGGUGGCCCCACGCACGUGUCGCUUCCACAAAACCUGGGCCAGCUGGCAGCCUUGGAGUGGCUGCAGCUGAAGGACUGCUCCGUGGGAGCUGCGCUUCCGCAGUCCUUCUGUGACCUCAGCUCCCUGCGGCGUCUCUACCUCAGUAGUGACUCCUUGAAACGCCUUCCGAAAGCGGUUUCCAAACUGUCUCGCCUGGAAGAGCUCACGCUUGGCUCGUGCUUAAAGCUGGAAGCCCUGCCUCCGGAGUUUGGCCGCCUAGGAGCGCUGAAGAAGCUGAGCAUUCUUCACGGGUGGAAGGAUUAUCUGCCUGACACUCUUGGAGGCUUGUCCUCCCUUGAGGAGGUUUCCUUGGCUCAUUGCUCUCACAGUUUCCGCCUGCCACCCUCCUUCUGCCUCCUCCCUCGCCUGCUCUCGCUCACUCUCACCAGCUGCAACGAUCUCACCACCCUGCCAUCUAACUUCGGCUCCCUAUGCUCCCUGCAGCAAUUCUCUGUCGAUUCGUGCAAAAAGUUCCACCAUCUGCCCGAUUCUUUCUCCGCCUUGCCCUCCCUGACCCACCUCAGCAUUUUGGACUGCCCGGAAUUCUCCUCCCUCCCUGAGUCCUUUGGCUUGCUGCCUCGCCUCACCCGCAUCAAAAUUGUCGAAUGCGGCUCAUUCACGCACCUCCCCAGCUCCUUCUCCUCCCUCUCUGCGCUCCGAGUGGCCUGCUUCAGCCUUUGCAAGCAGCUGCACUCCCUCCCGCCCACCCUUGGCCUGCUACCACGUUUAGAAGUGCUUCAGUUGAGGGAGUGCGGGGCACUCAAGUCGCUGCCGGGGACGCUCAGGCAGGCGAGGGCGCUGAGGCACGUGGAUGUGUAUGGCAGUGGGGUGCCGGAGAAAGGGGUGGUAGAGGCGGGCAUUUGUGGGAAACAAGUGCAUGUUGUGUGGGGGAAGAUGGGAAAGGCUGAACAUGUGGGGACGAAGGUCGAAGGGAGGAAGGGGAGAGGAUGUGCGGAGGUGAAAUUGGAGUAA